AUGGAUCAUCUUCAAGAUAUAAAUAAAGCCCAAGAGCAUCCAUUCGGCAUAAACCAUAAUAACGUUCAAAUCGCUAGCCAGGCCGUCUUGGAUCUGUAUGGGAAAUUAAGUUGUGCACCAACAGAUGAUAAACAAAUCCGUCUUUUAGCAGCUUUGAAGUGCUUUUUAAGUGAGGAAUCUCUUCAAUUAAACAGCGCACAAUAA